AUGAGUGCUCCCACGUUUGGCAAGACCGCUCUCGUUACCGGUGCCAAUGGCAUCACCGGCUACGCGAUCGCCGAGCACCUCGUGCGCCUGCCCAAGAAUGAGUGGAGCAAGAUCAUUAUCACCUCUCGGCGGCCUAUCAAGACCGUCUUCCUCGACCCGCGCGUUCAGUUCGUCGCUCUGGACUUCCUCGCCCCCGUCGAGGAGAUUGUUGCCAAAAUGCAGCCUUUCUGCAGUGAUGUCACGCAUGCCUUCUUUGCGUCGUAUGUCCACAGUGACGACUUCACAGUGCUCCGGGACAAGAACGUUCCCCUGUUUAAUAAUUUCCUUGAUGCGGUGGACACAGCAUGCCCGAAGCUGGAGCGUGUCUGCCUGCAGACAGGCGGCAAGUACUACGGCGUGCACCUUGGGCCCGUCAAGGUGCCAUUGGAGGAGUCGUUUCCGCGGUACGACGACGCCGGCCUCAACUUCUAUUACCCCCAGGAGGACCGCCUGAAGGAACUCCAGGCUCGCCGAAGGACAUGGUCGUACAAUGUCAUUCGCCCGAACGCCAUUGUCGGCUACUCACCCCAGCCAAAUGGGAUGUCGGAGGUGGCAACUGUCGCCAUCUACAUGCUCAUCUGCCGCGAGCUGAACCAAGCCCCGGUGUUCCCUGGAAACGAGUACUUCUGGAAUUCCGUCGACGACAAUUCGUAUGCGCCUAGUCUCGCAGAUCUCACGGUCUACGCUGUCACCCAGGACCACUGCAAAAACGAGGCCUUCAACCAUGCCAACGGCGACGUCUUCGUCUGGAAGCAUAUCUGGACGGACUUUGCCGCCUUCCUGGGUCUGGAGGCACCAGAACCCGAGUUCGAAAAGGCCCGCGGCCAAGCCUCCUCGCUAGCCAACGAAGUGGACCUGUCCGAAUGGGCGAAAGACAAGCGCGAGGUGUGGGCGCAGGUUGUUCAGAAAUACGGCGGCAAUGCUGAGGCGUUCGACUAUGCGACCUGGGGUUUCUUCAGUUGGGCGACGGGCAAAUCGUGGCUGACCAUUUCGUCUGUCAAUAAGGCGAGGAAGUUCGGAUGGACGAGAUUUGACAGCACAAUGGAGACUUGGUUUGAGACGUACCAGGCUUUUGAGAACGCAGGGCUACUCCCUCCGCGUGCGGGGCUGCUUUCUUCUUAG